AUGACCGACGCUCGUCGUGAUUCAACAAGCUUUGGAGAUCCAAACGCUCAACCGCCUACCCCGCUGCACACUCCGACAUCUGCUGAAUUUGCCAGUCCCGUCUUCGAGACACCCCGGCAGCCGCACGGUUCCUUCACCGACUUGGGUAGCUCAACACCUUGCUUCGCCGAGGAAUAUUCCGUCUUCAACGCUACACCUGGCAACCUCAAAGCUUCACCUGCUCGAUUUCCUGAUUUUGUCCCGCAUACGCCCGCAACCUCCCAUAAGCGCCUCCACUCCGCCGAAGGCUUUGCUCUCGAAAUUGCAACCCAUGCCAACCACUUUUCGCCCAGCCCAAACUUGCCACCUGUCGACCCCUCGAAACGACUUGCUUCUUCUCCGAGUCUGAAUACUGCUAAAGCUUCUUUACGAGAGACCACUCCGGUACCAAGUCCUUCCCUCAACAAAGCCAGGUCUGCCAAGAAGCCUCGUCGAGGCACUGUCACCAAGGACUCCGACUCUCAUAUUAUAUCUCCACCACCAACCGCCCACAAGGGAGAGCAGAAGCUCGCUCCCAAUUCCAACAUGCAAUAUGAUCAGCCUUUUCACCAACCGGAUUUUGCCGAGGGAUCCCAGCCCCAUGAUGUAUCGGCGCUUAUGGCCAACCCUGGUGAUAUCUUUUCGUACCCUCUGUCCGCCCCUGCCGGGGCUCCCUCCAACUUUUGGGAUCCCAACACAUCUAUGGGCAUGGACCUCGAUUUCAAUGCCACCCAAGGGUUAUUUCCCCCCGCAGGAAACGGCCAUCGACAAACCGGCUCUUUUGACUGGAACACCAAUAUUCAGCUAUUCCAAGACCCAAACAUGGUGCCGCCCUCCUCGAAUCAGGAAAACGCCCCACCACAACCACAGGCGGUUGAUCACUUGACAGUCAGCGAAUACCCUUCAGAGCUUGUAAGCCCAUUUGCCAUGAUGAAUACUGGCGAAAUCGUCGAUCCUACUCUGAUGAUGGGCCAAGAUGUUGCCAUGCCUGCUUUCUCUGCGGCGGAGCAGGCAAUGCCCGUCCCUGUUGGCAAGACCACCACGAAGCCGGAUAUCCGCACCAAAGCGAAGAAUAAGUCUCAACAUGCAGGCAAAGCUCCGGAUCGCACUCUGGCCAGCGCACCUCUCAAGAAUUCUGGGAAAGGACUUGACCAACCUGCAGUGGAUCCCCGUGGCCGUGCAACGUUGGUUAGAAGCAACACAUUGCCGACGUUGGCUCCCGCAGCUCGGCCCAUGGCACAUAUUCGCAGUGGUCCGGCUGACGCUCGCCACCCGAUGGCCAGGCCAAACGGGAGGAUAUCACCCGUCAAAAGCCAACGUAGGCUCUCCUCGCUAGCCAUGGUCCGAGAAUCGUCACCGGCUAGACAACUUGCAUCUGUGCGAUUUACUAUAGAUGCUCGAGGCCGGGCCAGAGCAGAGGCCACUAUGGAGAGCCAGCACAGUAUCAACCAAAGCCUAUCAAGAUGCCAAAGCAGCAGAAACUUGUCCUCCCGCUCCACGUGGAAUCUCUCUUCUGAAUCCGAAUCCGAGGAUGACGAGCCUAUUAUCAUCCCUUCCCGUAACAACUCCUUUUCCGCCUCUUCCGCCUCCUACGCUCUGCCCGAUCCUCGGAAACCCAUUGGCUCCAUCUUUCACCGCCCUAGUCAUAGCACAAGCGAUAGAAGCAGCAGCUCAGCCAGCGCAGAGGGUGGGCCGCACGGUGACGAAAGUGAAGCUGAACCGACCCUCUACGAGCAACGCCGACCCAGUGGGGACGCUGCCAGCGAGCUCUACAAGCUUGUUGAAAGCCGCCAGAUGCGUUCGAGCCAGUCGAACAUGCCGGGACGACUACUCACCAACCUGGGCAACUUUCCAAGUGAUACAGUUUCGCCAGCUAGCCUCGCCGAAUCUGGUUAUGGAACUGAAGUGCCGGUUAUCCGUUGUGUAUGCAAACGAACUGGCGCCAGCAAGAAGGCUUUCAUGGUACAAUGGUGA